AGAUUGAACAGAAAUCACGUGACUAAGGCGUCAAGAAUCAGCUGAGGGCUCGGAGUUUCACUCAGGAAAUCCAGGUUUGGUGACUCAUUCUGUGAUCUCCAUCAUGUCUGGGUCAAGUGGAGUUGAUGCAAAUUUGCUUGCACACAAUAUAAGUUCAAAUAUCCAGAGAAUAACACUGCUGACUAAUGAAAUCCAGCAGAUGAUGAGACAUUUUGGAACAGCACAAGACACGACUAUCCUGCGACAAACAUUACAGGAGAAACAGCAGAAUGUCAAUCAUCUUGCUAAAGUGACCGAUAAAUACAUGAAAGAUUUCAGCGCUUUACCUGUGACCCCAGAACAGCGGCAAAGAAAAAUCCAGCGAGAGCGUCUCAUCACUGAAUUCUCCAACGCACUGGGUGUUUUACAGAAAGUUCAGCGUGAGGUUGCAAAGAAAGAGAAGGAGUUUGUGGAACGUGUCCGUGCGAGCUCAAGAGUUUCAGCUGGUGAUCCAAAUGAUGGCUUCGGAGGAAUUGCGUCACCCUUUAAAAGUUUUGAGAUUCAGGCUCAAACUCAGAGCUAUGAGGAGAACUUCACAGAAGAAGAUCUGCAGCUCAUUCAGGAGAGAGAAUCAGCGAUCAGACAGCUGGAGUCGGACAUUACAAAUAUUAAUGACAUCUUCAGAGAUCUGGGGAUGAUGGUGCAUGAACAGGGAGACAUGAUUGACAGUAUAGAGGCCAAUGUAUCAACAGCAGAGGUCCAUGUGCAGUCAGCAACACAAAAUCUGAAUAGAGCAGCAAGUUACCAGACGUCAUUCCGCAAGAAGAUCUUCAUCUUCAUCGCUAUUCUGGUUGUGGUGGCUGUCAUUAUUGGUUUGAUUGUCUGGGCGUCUCAGAAACAAUGAGUGUGUGUCAACUCCAUCUGAUGCCUCACAGCAUUUGCACUGGCAUGUUGUCAAUGACUUGCAGAGGUUUGUCACCAAGAGAAUCUGACUUGACUUUUAGCUGCACUUAAGAUAUUGUCUUUAAUGGAAUAUUUAAUAACAGCUUAACUCUAUGAAGGGCAUAUUUUGUG